CCAUAAAUGCUAUUAACUAUGAGAGCUUUCUUGCUCAUGUGCACAACCAGUCCUCUCCUUCUCAUGCAGUUUCAACUUUGCAUUCUUGAAACGGCCUCCUCUCCCCCUCUCCCUCUCUCUCAUCUUCACUUCACACACUUUAAACACCCUAUUUUAAUGGGUUCUCUCUCUUCUUCCUUUCUGCACUCCCCACAUUGUAAGAGUGAGCAAACAGAGUGGGUUUCCUGGUGUUCCUUUUCCCAUCUCUUUUCAACUCCUCGCUAAACCAUGACAAAGAAGAAGCUACUUUCAUCCCCACCAAAGCUAAACCAUCUCUCAUGGUUUUUCUGCAAGAUGUUCACCAAUUUUCUCCUGCUUUUGUGCCUUCUGGUUUAUCUCCAAUUCAAUCCUCAACACCACAACCGGUUUCCUCAUGAUCCAUCAUUCUCUUCUAGCUAUGAGAACUUUCAAGGCACCCCUAAGAUUGCUUUCCUCUUCCUUGCUCGCCACCGCCUCCCUCUUGACUUCCUAUGGGACAACUUCUUCAGAGUCUGUGUUUCCCUAUCUUUCUCAUCUCAUCUCAUCUCAUCUGGAUCCUGGUUGCUUCACUUUCUUUCGUUUGAACAUUAUGUCUCUGAUAUUUUUUGUGGGUUGCAGAAUGCUGAUGCUGACAAAUUCUCAGUCCAUGUUCAUUCCGAGCCUGGUUUUGUUCUGAAUGAGACAACCACAGACUCUGAGUUCUUCCAUGGUCGACAGCUGAACAAGAGUGUUCAGGUUGUAUGGGGUGAACCAACCAUGAUUGAAGCUGAAAAGUUGUUGCUCGAGGCUGCUCUUCAUGAUCCAGCCAAUCAGAGAUUUGUUCUUCUCUCUGACAGCUGUGUCCCUUUGUACGACUUCAGCUACACUUACAGCUACAUAAUGUCCUCCCCCAAGAGCUUUGUUGACAGCUUUGUUGAUGAGUCAACAGGCCGUUAUGACCCUGAUAUGUCUGCCACAAUUCCCAGAAGUAAAUGGCGAAAAGGAUCGCAGUGGGUCACUUUGGUGAGAAAACAUGCUGAACUUGUUGUUAACGACAAUUUCGUCUAUCCCAUCUUCAAGAAAUACUGCAAGCGAUGGAAAGCUCAAAGGAACUUGCCUAAGAAAAUCCUGCAGAUUCUGGAACUGAACUUCCUAUUCCAGAAAAGGAAGCUGACAAACUGCAUACCUGACGAGCAUUAUGUGCAAACUUUGCUCACUAUGAAUGAGGUGGAACACGAGGUCGAAAGGAGGACACUGACCUACACUUUGUGGGACAGUUCUCCAGCGAAAGACUGGAGGCAGAUGUGGCACCCUGUCACUUUCAAUCAACCUGAUGCAGCUCCUCAGAAGAUCAAAGAAAUCAAGGGAAUCAACCACGUUCAUUACGAGAGUGGACACAGGACAGAGUGGUGCAGGGUGGCUAACAUCUACUCAUCGUGCUUCUUGUUCGCCAGGAAGUUCAGCCAGGGAGCAGCCUUGCGGCUUCUGAAUGAUGGUGCGCUUGGUUUCCACGAUCCUGAAGCUGCUUUGCCUGCAUAGUUUGGGUUUUGGAUGGGAGGAUUUUUAUUUAUAUUUAUUUUUCUUCCCCAACAAAUUUCAGUAGAUUUCUUCAGAGAAUGUUUGCUUCUCCAG